CACUAUCCACCGUGAAGGAGUGUAGGACCAAAAAAAUGAAGACCUUCCUUGUAUUCUUAGUGUGUGUGGUAGCAGUGUACUGCAAGCCAGCGACCUCUGAGGAUGACGUCCUCAGCAACGUCGUCGGAGUGGUCAAGAGUUGUGCCGAAGAAGAUGUCUGGAUGUGCAUUAAGGAAAGAUCGAUGAGAUUCCUAGAGAACGCGGCUUCAGCGCGGGAAUUGAAACUGGCUGAUGGCCUCGCGAUCUACAAUGUCGGCACUUCUCGCUCCGCCAGGUCUUACGAACCCCUUCCCGAAGAACCUCAAGCUAGGGAGAACCAAGUUGAAGCUAGACUAGUCGAUGCUGCUGCUGACUUCGUAGAAAACCAUGUUAUCCAGCUGCGCAUGCCCAAGAGCACUGUCGAGGACAUGAAGAGGUCCCUUGAGGAAGGUCGUGGCAAGAAGAAGAAGCUGAAGCAGCUCCUCCCCAUCCUCGCCCUCCUCCAGCUGAAGAUCCAGUCCCUCAUCCCACUGUUCCUUGGUAUCAUCGCCUUCGCUGCUGUCAAGGGUCUGAUGCUCGCCAAGGCUGCCCUCCUCGCCUCUGCUCUGGUCCUUCUCAAGAAGCUGCUCUCCAAGAGCGAGCACCAUGAAAGCUACGAAGUCGUAGCUCACCCACACCAUGAAGAGCACUUCAGCCACGGCGGUGGUGGUCACGGUGGAUGGGGCAGGUCUUCCCAAGACGCCCAGUCCUUGGCUUACAAUGCCUACUCCAACUAAUACCUAAGAUAAAUCUAAGACCCAAGGGCCAUGGUAAAUCUUCGUGUAGUUUAGUUUGGACCUCAAAGUAACGAUUUUAAUUUAUUAAUUUAAUAAUUUAUUUAAAUUAUUUAUUGUUAAAUGUUGAACGAGUGAAUCUUGUCUCGAAUUUUUUCAUUAGCAUCGCCGUUUUCUUUAUAAUUCUUGUUAUUAUCUGUCUUUAUUGCAUCUACAUCGUACCUGUGUUUAUUAGUAUAAUUUUCUUAAAGUACAAAUGUAUUUACGAUAUCAAUAGCUUUAAUUAUUAUUUUUUGUUCACCUCUACCGACUGGCUGAGCCAUGUAGGCUUUUAUUUUAGUAUCAAUUUUUUAUGUGUUCAUCUUUAACUAGUCGAUCUAUAUUUUCCUCUUCCUUCUAUUUCUUUAUAUAGCUUUUGUAAAUAUUUUUCAUAUCGAUGUAUAUAAGUAAAAUAUUAUUGUUUGCAUCUUCGUUUGUUAUUAUAUUAUUAUGUAUAUAAUAUAUUUAUUUUAUCGUAGUGUAUAUAUGUACGUAUAUGUCUCUUAGGUGAUGUCUUUGUGUGUACAAAUCUUUCUCUUCCCUUUAGCUGUUAUAAUUUAUUAUGAACCACCCAAAUAAACUAAAUAUAACAGUUGU